UUGUUGCUGGGGCUGGACCGGGACAGGAGAGCGAACGGACGGCUCUUCUGCGGGAAGUGAAAGCCCAUCCAGAGCUUUGUUUCCCAUUUUUCUAACUCCCGUAUCUCCCUUUUCUUUCUCGGCUUUUACCUCCUGCUGAUAUGAGAAGAUAAAUCAACAGAGGAUCAGCUGCUAACGAAGUUUUGAAGUUGUUGGAAAGAGUUCAGACAGGAGAAGAGGAAGAUGUUGGGGUUAGAGGUCAUCGUGCUCUGUCUUCUUUUUGGAGCCCUGACUCACGGCCAGCCAACACAGUGCAACAAGAAGAAUGAUUGUGCAGUAGACGUGUACUUCACCAUAGACACAUCUGAGACCAUCGCCCUGCAGGAGCCACCCCCUGGAGCGCUGGUGGAGAGCAUCAAGACAUUCGCUGCGCUAUUUGCAGAGCGUUUGGAAGAUGCUGAACUUAAAGGUGUCGUGCGGAUCAACUGGAACAUCGGUGGACUGCACUUCUCCCAGAUCCAGAAAGAGUUCAGUACCAUCGGACCCAAGAACAAUUUCAUCACUGGCGUCAAGGCAAUCCAAUACCUGGGUAAGGGUACUCACACCGACUGCGCCAUCAGCAACAUGACCGAAAAAAUGCUGCGCUUUCCCUCUACUACCAGCCCCGGUUUGGUCCGAUUCGCUGUGGUCAUCACCGACGGCCACGUUACUGCGAACCCAUGCGGGGGCAUCAAAAUGGCAGCAGAGAGGGCUCGCGAAAAGGACAUCCAUAUGUUUGUCGUGGCGGCAUCAAGGAACAUCGAAGAGACAGGGCUGAGGGAGAUCGCCAACUCUCCUGCGAGCGUCUACAGGAGGGAUUUCAUGGCUGUGGAUCUGAGCCAGGGCAGAGCCAUCAUACAUGAAGACACCAUUAACCGCAUCAUCGACACCAUGAAACAUUUGGCGUUUAUACAGUGUUACAAUGUGACCUGUCUGGAGACAACAGGGCCUGAAGGUCCAACAGGUCCCCGAGGACAAAAAGGAGCUAAAGGAGACAACGGCGACCCAGGUCUAAAAGGAUUAAAAGGUCGCCCAGGAGACCCCGGUAUCGAGGGUCCCAUCGGUCAGCCCGGUAGCAAAGGACAACCAGGUGUACAAGGUGAUAAGGGAGAGAUUGGUACUCAGGGGAAAAAGGGCGUGGCUGGCGUUGAAGGGCGCAAUGGUACAGAUGGACAGAAGGGUAAAAUUGGACGGAUCGGCGCUCCCGGCUGCAAAGGAGACCCAGGCGACAGAGGUCCUGAUGGUCACCCCGGAGACGUCGGUGAACGUGGUUUUGCUGGUACUAAUGGAGAAAAGGGUGAUCCCGGUCGCCCUGGAAGACCUGGUCCCUCUGGCCUGUCUGGAGAGACUGGACCAAAGGGAGAGAGGGGAAGUCCUGGAUCACCUGGCGUCCCUGGACUGAAAGGAAACCCAGGAACCCCUGGAGAUCCAGGAGUCAGAGGAGAACCGGGGAGAAGAGGAGACUAUGGGCCAAAGGGUGCUCAAGGGUCAGAUGGAGUUAAGGGAGACAAGGGUGAAAUGGGGCCAGAAGGCUUGAGAGGACUUCCAGGUGAAUCCGGAAACAAAGGAACAAAGGGAGACAAUGGCCUGCCAGGCCCCAGGGGACCACCGGGGACACCAGGAGAGGCUGGGAAAAAUGGUACCAGAGGUGACCCUGGUGAUGCUGGACCAAGAGGCGAUCCUGGACAGAUUGGACCAAAGGGAGACCCUGGAAGACCUGGUUUCAGCUAUCCUGGGCCUAGAGGAUCAUCGGGUGAGAGAGGAGAGAAUGGCAAUCGUGGACCUCGCGGUGGCAGAGGAGACUGUGGUCCAAAGGGUGAACCAGGAGUUAAAGGACCUUUGGGAGAGGACGGUGAGCCAGGAUCUCAGGGUGAACCUGGCCUAAGAGGGCCAAGAGGAGAGCUUGGGCGUGAUGGAGAUCCUGGCCCUGAGGGAGAUCCCGGCCUCACUGAAUGUGAUGUUAUGAACUACAUCAGGGAAACAUGUGGCUGCUGUGAUUGUGAGAAACAAUGCGGAGCCCUGGACAUUGUGUUUGUGAUCGACAGCUCCGAGUCAGUGGGUAUGACCAACUUCACCCUGGAGAAGAACUUUGUCAUCAACACCAUCAACAAACUGGGAUCCCUUGCCAAAGACCCUAAUUCAGACACAGGUUGACAUGCACAUGUUCCCUUGCUUUUUAGAUGACUACAGAAUUAGUCCAAAAAACUUUACAAGAUGGCUGCUUUUCAGGAUGCAGUGAAGCGCUUGGAGUGGAUUGCUGGAGGAACAUGGACUCCAUCAGCUCUGAAGUACGCCUAUGACAACCUGAUUAGGGACAGCCGCAGAGCCAAAGCCAAAGUCACUGUUGUUGUCAUCACUGACGGACGCUUCGACCCCAGAGAUGACGACCAGCUGCUCGACUACCUCUGCAGACAAACUACCCCUGUUGAUGUGAGUGCCAUCGGAAUCGGAGACAUGUUCGACCAGAUUGAGGAGAAUGAGAGUCUGAAGAGCAUUGCCUGCCAGAAAGAUGGCAGGGUGCUGGGCAUGAAGCGCUUUGCAGACCUCGUGGCAGAAGAGUUCAUCAACAAGAUUGAAACCGUGCUCUGCCCAGAGCCUUUCAUCAUAUGCCCUGAUCUCCCCUGUAAAUCAGAGCCUGCCGUGGCUAGCUGUGUUCAGCGACCAGUGGAUGUGGUGUUCAUGUUGGAUGGUUCUGAGAGGAUGGGACUGGAGUCCCACCGCAGGGCCAAAGAGUUUAUCGAGAACGUAGCUCGCCAGCUCACCCUUGCCAACAGCCGUUCAGACGAGAGGAAUGCCCGCUUGGCUCUGCUGCAGUACGGCAGCCCUUCAGAACAGAGGGUGGAGUUUGCACUCACUCACAAUCUUACAGUGAUCUCUGAUUCGCUGGCAAGGGUGACCUACAUGGACUCGUCUUCUGCUCUGGGCAGCGCCAUCAUCCAUGCUGUCAACAAUCUGGUGGUUCCAAAGCAGGGUGAACGCUUGGCUCGUCGCAACGCUGAGCUGGCCUUUGUGUUCAUCACUGAUGGCAUCACAGCCAGUGAGCAGCUGGAUGAGGGCUUGUCUGCUAUGAAGCGAGCGGAAGGCGUUCCCACGGUCAUCGCCAUGGGAACAGACACAGAUGAAGAGGUGCUGCGGAAGGUGUCGCUUGGGGACAUGUCUGCCGUCUUUAGAGGAGCUGACUACAGCAUGCUGAACAAACCCUCAUUCUUUGAGCGCUUUAUCCGCUGGAUAUGCUAGUGAGGAACUGUAACUCUCUCCAUACAAUUAGAACCCAUUUAAAGAAGGGCCAGCUCCUUCAGCGUACACGUAAACACACACAGAGCCAUCAGCAAACCUCUGUGAUCAUUUAUAACUGGAUGUAAGGCACUGAGGCGGCUACAUAUCCUGUUGUUAUGGGUGAAGAUUAAUUUACAGAAGCCAAUACAAUGUAGGACCAGUUGCACACUCACACAAACACAUUUGUAACUUGAUUGUUAUAUUAAUUCUAAAUUGGUCAGCCCUUCCAACUAAAGACACUCAAAAGUAUCCCAGAGAAGGGUGAAUGAAUGUGUACGAAACUAAUUGUACGCUUUAUUUUGGUUUUAUUUUGUAUCGAAUUUCAGUUUGCAGUGUGUCGCUCUCUCUUUCACACACACACCACACACACACACACACACACACACACACACACACACACACACACAGUCUGUCUUCACAAAGUCAGUAUUUACUUUAACGGUGCUAAAGUAGAGAUAAAGGACAAAGCCAUGCCAGUGGUUCUGAAAACUUUUUUUUACAUCAUGUUAUGCUGUAAUUACUGUAGUUUGUUUCAGGGGGGAAUCAUGUAGACAUAUCUUCUUCAGGGGGAAAUAGAAUCUCACAUUACGGUAAUGUCCUACACUCAGCCACAUAAGAAUCACACACAGGCACACACAUAUGCUGUAGUUAUUUACACAUGAUUUGACAGACAAACAUAAAAGAACCAAAUCUGUAAACAUGAAUUCCAAAUAAACCAUUAUGUGGUUACCCCAGCACUGUCUUUUAUGUUUGCAAGAUAUAUAAAUGUGUGAUGUGUUA